AUGGCUUUGAAAGCUUUCUUGAUCGCAUUCCUCAUUGCAAUGGUUGCCACUCCAUCUUUGGCAACUAAAUAUCUACGUGGGGCGGACGAUGUUUGGAAACUAGGAUUGAACUAUUCAGCAUUGGAAAAGGUAAUAAGUAUCCACAUUGCAGGCACGCGCGUUUUCAUGUAUAAGGAGGGAUCUCAUAAUAUUGUUUUGAAAAUGAAGGAGAAUGACAUGCAACUAUGCGUGGCGGCAAACACGUUCGAUGCUCUGACUAAUGGACAUAGCUACCGUUGCGAAGCCUGGGAGGACGUACUGCAAUUGUCGGCUUGCCGAUCAUUGCUUAAAAGGGGAUGA